AUGCUUUCAUCCCAGUCCGCCCCGGCGCUUGUUGCGCUUCUCUUUGCCGCCGCUGCAUCGGCCCUGUCGCCGGCGAGACUGCACUGCCUUCGUUCACGAAAUGUCGAACUGGCUAGACUAGCAGCAUGCGGCGACUCUGGAUCCGUGGCCCACUGCAUGGAGAUGCUCACCGACGACUUUACACAGAUCGAUCUGGAGAGAUGCUACAUCAACGCGGGGUGCGACUUUACCGAAGCCGUCAUCGAGUCGCAGUGGACUCUAGAUAGGUGCGACGACAGAGGCAGCAUCCCUGCCGAACUGCGCAAACGCCAUGUCGCCGUCUUCGCGCGUCAGACGACCGAGGCGACCGCGGCUGCUGCUGAGACGGCCACCGCUACAUCCACAGGCACGGCCACCUAUUCCAAGCUUAUAUGCUCCACGACAACAACAAAGUCCACCACGCAAUGCCCCGUCGUCUCUACGGGCGUGCUGAAGGGCAAGACUCUCAAGGAGGGCUGCUUUCCGACGCAGAUCGCAUACGGGACAUGCGCGGCGGGCCUGCUUUGCAAGAACGAUAAUUCGGGCAACCCUUCGUGCAAGGUGCUGGAUAAUACUGUCUACCCCAGCGGCAUCGCCGUAGCCAUCUUCUUCGCCGUCGCCAUCACGGGCUCCAUUGCCUACAUCACGUUCUCCUGCUGCCGCGAGAGGAGGCAGAAGAAGCGUAACGCGGAGAGAGCCGAGGCCCUGCUGAACGCGAAGCUGGCCGCUAAGCAGCGACAACAGCCGGUUGUGCAGGUCCACGAUGCUGACAACCAGCCGCUCAUGUCGCACGGCCAACCGGCUGCUGCGUAUGAAGCAAAUGGUCCAUUCGGCGACCACCACCGGAUGUAA